AUGACUUCAACCUCUCCCACCGUCAUGACUUCAAUAGAUCAACGCUUGGAGCCCAAGGACAACAACAACAACAACAACAACAACGUAGCCAACUCCCAGCAAUCUGACAAAGAGGCCUUCGAGAACUUUGACUUUGACAAGUACUUUUCGAAGGAUCCAGAAACAUCAGAAUUAGUCGACGAUGAAGCUAUCAUAUCCAAACCUUCCGAGGUAGAGACAUUGGACGGAACUGCUUGCGAGUCAGAGCCUCUUUCGAAGGAUUCGGAAACAUCAGAAGUGGUUGACGAUGAGGCUAUCGCAUCCAAACCUUCCGAGGUAAAAACAAAGGAGUCGACUAUACAUGUACAGCAUCCAUUAGACCCUGUUGUCAUUGAUUUAACAGAGUCGAGUGACGAGGAAUUAGCCCCAUCAGUGACUACUCGGAAGGUACAGAAUGAUCAAAGCCCGUCAUCCUCCAAAAGUUCGACUAUAUCAUUAAAUAAGAAGCGUAAACAUUCUAAAGCAUCUUCAAUUUCCACGUCUGAAAGCCAAGAUAAUGUAUUACCGACUGGUCGAUGUACAAGACGAAAAACCUCAUCCCGCAAACACCUCAGCGAUGAGAAUGUAUUCUUGGAUUCUUCGGUAGAAGAUAUUGAAAAGCUGCUUGAGAAUAGGCAAGAGAUGGCGUUGGCGGAAAAUACGAGGGUAGGAUUGAUUGAAUUGAAGAAUAAAUUUCUGGCUUGGGGUGCUCAUGACCAGAGGGUGACGGGAGAAUGGGAGGAAGUGAGUAACUGGUAUUAG